AGAGAGAGCCAGACAAACAAGACCCAUCACCGCGUACGUGUCUGCCUACAAGCAAAGGCAAGGGCAACAGGGGCCAGCAGUAAGACGCAACUGAAGGACUACACUGGUACUACAGCCACAAAGCUGAGAGGCGCGAACAAGACCCACCUGCUGGAUACAUCGCGCGACACAAUUCAAUACUCGACGCGCUUGCCGGCAUCAAUCAGGCCUUCUCUCUCUCUGCUCUUCUUCAUUUCUGGCAAUCCAUCAUGAAAUAAUGCAUGAGCUUCAUGACAGACUCACAACCCUUGCCUCAACACAAACCAGCGUUUGGCUGGUUCAAGCGGAAAGAAGGACAGAGUGUCGCUGCUGCUGCGUCUGAUAGACAGGGUGCCUCAUCGCCUAUACCAGGAUCGCGUGUCUCUGAGACUCCGCCGCAGAUUGCGCUACACAUCCCAGGCGAAUCACGCCCAACAACAGCAACCUCACCGCGCAUCUCAUCAGAAACGCCCAAGCAAGAUGAGUGUCGCUCGGAAGCUACUGUACGGACAGGUAACAAUUCACUGCAACGGCCCUCACUCGAUUCAAAACGGCCUUCUUUUGCGCGAACGUCUCCUGAUGCACCGCACGCGCGUCGCUCAAGCUUCUUCCGCUUACCGAGACGGAAAAAGGCGAGUACGGCAAAUAGCGCAGAGGCAAUGCAUGCAUUACCUCUACGGAAAUCCCUAGAUGCUUCAACUUCCUUUCAACGCGCUAGUGGGGAGACGUCACGACUUACGUUUGAAGGUAUUCGAGCGACAUUCGAAUCCAUCAAACGGCCCAACAUGUCAACACGCUCUUCAGCAGCUUCACUCCGCACAGCACCAUCACAAAAGGCGCCUGCUACUGCACUUGUCGCUGCUUCAGCAACAUUGGCAGCACAAGGUUCGCCAAGACUCGAGUUGGCGAAUCCACUCGAUCGAUUAUCACUUACACGUCAACACUCCAUGCGAUCCAUGACCUCCUUCAAGUCAGCACGCUCGAGUCCUGCUCCAGCGAGAUUGUCUAGAAGUGGACCUGCUUUGGAACAAGGUAUUGAGCCGACGAGUAGUAGUAGCAGUCUGCAUGGAAAGUCUCGCGGUCGAAGUCUGACGUAUGGCGGCCAAGCAUCUGCACGGAAAUCAUCCGGUACACGCGUCUCCAAGUUCUUCUCAAUGAGCAAGUUGCGUAGGGAUGCUGAGGAUCCGUUGUUCUCACUGACACUGCCCAUUGUUGGUGGUGGAAGCGGUGUUUCGCGCGGAACAUCACCGUUGCCGCCUUUAUCACCUGCAAAAACAUUGGAGGAGAAGCCGCAAAUACCAGUCAUGCCGCUACGUCUUCCUGAAGAGAGUCCGCAUGCGUUUUUGGAGAGGCUUGAAGGGCAAAUGAAUCACAAUGUUAUUGCUUCUGUCCUAGCCUCGUCUGAUGACGCCUUCCACCUUGCUUGCCUCAAGCAGUACAUGCAAAAGUUCGACUUUAGCCAAGAUCCCUUGGAUAUGGCAUUACGCAAGUUUUUGAUGGAGACCAAGUUACCUCGGGAGACGCAGCAGAUUGAUCGCGUGAUUGAUACGUUCUCCGAGCGUUACCAGAUUUGCAAUCCACGAUUGUUCAGAUCUCGUGAGACGCCGCAUAUUCUUACGUUUGCCCUCAUCAUGCUACACACGGAUCGCUUCAACCAGGCCAAUAAGUACAAGAUGACAAAACAGCAAUUCAUCAAAAACACAACGUCAGAUCAAACGGAUGAAGUCAAUUCAGACAUCCUCGACUAUUUCUACGACAAUAUCGUUUCUACGCCUUUCAUCCUUGUCGAAGAUGAUAUGAGUCCCUCGCCUGGGCCAGAAUCAGCCAAGACGCCGACAGAAUUUGGUGCGUUGCGUGGUGGCUCGGUAACCAGUUUACCAGCUUCAACAACAAGCUUCUCUCGGCGCAGCGUUGAUGUCUAUUCGCUGAUUAUGGAGAGGAACUUGUCGUCGCUGCGGCCGCAGUUGACAGACAUCUUGUCAAAGCCCAUGACGCUUUCUUACACUGGCACCCUACCCGUCAUCAACGUGGCGAAACUCCAUUCGGCAUUUGUCAAUGCAGCACGACUUCAACUCGUCUCUGAGCGAUCAAGACCCGAAGCGUACAUCAGUGAAGACGGCCAGCAAGAUCCCCUCGCAACAGAGCCGGGUCUCGUGGAUGUAAAAAUCACCAAGAUUGGUAUGCUCAAAAAGAAGGAGCAGAAGCGCGCCAACUCAAAACCCGUGUAUCGCGAAUGGGGUGUCAUGCUGACAGCGUCGCAACUCUUGUUUUUCAAAGAUCUCGGCUGGGUACGGCAUUAUAUGCAACAAACGCUUGAACACAAGAAACAGGAAUUGCUGACGUUGACGCCACCGGUGCACAAUUACUCGCCAGACACGUACAUGCCAACUGCCCAUACGGUUGCCUUUCAUGACCAUGACGCCAAGAAGAAGACGCACUUCUCCUUUCUUGGGCGUGGCGGGGAGCUGGCAGAAUUGACGGCAACGUCAGAGGAAGAGAUGAAUGAUUGGAUUGCUAAGAUCAAUUAUACGGCUGCCUUCCAUACGGCUGGUAUUACGAUUCGUGGGAUUGAGACAAAUGCCGCUGCUGAAGCACAAUCAAAAGCUGGUCGUCGCGCACGAAGACAUGGCUCUUCGUCCACACUCAACAGUAUUGCUCAGCCCUUUCCAGGAAGCGUCGAUCGUUUACCUGAGGUCGUUGCAGCGCGUCAAAAUCUGAUACGGCAAAAGAUUGCAGAGAUGGAUGCACAGCUGAUUGAGCGAGAAGUCCAGCUACAGCAAUUCUACAGACAUGCACGCAGCCUGGCAACCCUGACGCCCAUUCUACCACGAACUCGUCAGCAUCUGAUUUCAGCGGCCGCGUCGUGUUCCGCCAAGAUAUCAUGGCAGCGGCAAGAGACUUUACGGACGCAGUGUCAUCGUGAUAUCCUCGUCAAGGAUCUCGAGCUAGAGUUGGAUCCGAAGGCGCAAGCGUUUACUGUGCCUAUGCGUACUGGCUCGCCGAAUGGGAGUGUUCAAGGCAGUACGACGAGUGGUGGUGCGCCAGGUUCACGCGCUUCGCUGUCUCUGUCACCGAGUAAGGUCAAGUUGAGCUCAGUCGGGCAUACGAUACGACGAGCAUCUACAGAUACAUUGAAACGUGUGAAUCGACAAUUCGCAUCGCAUGAUGCACGAGGCGGUACGUCAACGAGGCUUCGCAAUGAUUUAGCAGAGGCGGAUGCAGAUGCAGUGUUGAUGGACGGUUCAGAUGUGCUUGAUCCUACGUCGCCCUUCAGGUUCGGCAAUGGGCAUCGUGGUCAGCCUGUGCAUUCGGCUGGGUCGGCUGACGGGAUGGACAAGUCUACAAGUCAAGGACAGCCCAGCAAUAGACCUCAAACGGCACCAACGCUGAGUCUCGAGAUUCCACAUCGAUCGCCCUUCCCAGUGAUCAAGCGACGCGCAUCCAAGGAUAGCAAAGCGAGUGGUGCAGCAGAGAACGCAGAGGGUUCCAAUUUGGCAUCACAAACGUCUUUGCGUUCAGGUCCCUUCUUGCUGCAUGGUCGGAAAGUAUCUGUGGUACAGACGCCUGUUGCGCUCGUGUCGCCCGUGUCGCCGACCCUGGAUAGCCAUGGCGAUGGUGUACGGAUAUGGCCUGAUGUGGGUCAUCGUCCCUCGAGCCCUGGUGAGGGCAGAGCUGCACAUGGCCAGGUCGUCUCGCUGGCUCACUUUCUGGCACGUCCAACAUCGCCUGGUGCGUUGUCGAUUGAAUCCUUCCAGGAUGCAAUGCAGGAAUUUGAGGAGGGUGGGUAGUGAUAUGCUUUGUACAUACAUAAAUCAAUCUCCCUUGCAAAUCC